AUGGUGAUGAGAAAGCUAGAGCUACCAUUGAGCCAGACGCAGAAGGUCAGGUUCCAGACAGCUAUAGAGCGGCUACAGUCUCCGGCAGAGGGACACGGAACUUCUGAGGUCGACGAUGAGUUGCUAGCUACUGUCUGUGGAGUUGUGGUGCGCGUCGACAAGCUCGUCUAUGUACGCACCUUGCGAGCCAGGUACAAGCCUCAAGUUGGGGAUAUUGUGGUAGGCCGUGUCAUUGAGGUUGCUCAAACACGCUGGAGAGUGGAUCUCAACUUUACUCAAGAUUCUUUCAUAAAUAUGCAUGAUGAUAAUGUUCAGAAACGAAGAACCUCUGUGGAUGAACUCAAUAUGCGGAAUAUAUUUGCAGAAGAUGAUGUCGUUUGUGCCGAAGUAGGCGAGUUUCAUAAGGAUGGAAGCUUGAUUCUACGAGUUAGAAGUCAGAAGCAUGGCAAGCUCGACAAGGGACAACUUCUGAAGGUUGAUCCUUACUUGGUUAAGAGAAUCAAACCUCAGUUUCAUUACAUUGAAAGUCUUGGGAUAGAUUUGAUUCUCGGCUGCAAUGGCUUCAUUUGGGUCGGGGAACACGGCCACGUCAGAGAUCCUAUGACCAAGAACACAAGAAAAGAACAAAGCCAUACUCCACUCGAGACUCGACAAACCAUAUGCAGGAUCGGGAAUGCCAUACAAGUCUUGUCUAACCUAGGCUUCACCAUGACUCUAGAAGUGAUCAUGGAAACUUUUAAGUUAAGCAACACGAGAAAUAUCGAUAUACACGACAUGCUUGGAUCAGAGUUUCACGUUUUGGUCACAGAGAACGAAGCUGAAAGAAGACAUGGAUAG